AUGGCCCAAAAAGAAGAUCCAAAGAUGUCUCAAGAGAUCUACAGAGUUGGUGUGCGCAUUCCGCCAUUCUGCUCAGAGGACCCAGAAAUGUGGUUUAGCCAGAUAGAGAUGCAAUUUAAGCUCUCAGGCAUAUCUGUGGACGAUACUAAGUUUACGUAUGUGUCUGCGAACCUGGAACCACAAUACGCCAAGGAGGUAAGAGACAUCAUAACUAAACCGCCAGCUUCAAAUAAAUACGAAAAACUCAAAACAGAGCUAAUCAAGCGACUAUCAAUAUCACAGGAGAAGCGUGUAAGACAACUUCUCAUGCACGAAGAACUCGGAGAUCGGAAACCGUCUCAGUUUCUACGCCACUUGACAAGUCUAGCUGGUUCAGACGUUCCAUCUGAUUUUAUAAUAACUAUCUGGACCAGUCGUCUGCCUGUGAACGUGCAAACAGCAGUCGCUACGAUUAAAGGAUCGUCAAUGGAGAAGCUAAGUGACUUGGCAGAUGUCGUAUAUGAAAUGGCCCCAACAGUACCACAGGUGGCAAGCGCGUCUUCCCAAGCCCAAGGCAAUGAGCAAGGCAAUCCGACGAUGACUGAGAUGGCCCAGCAAAUCAAUUCACUGACACAACAAAUCAGCUUGCUCUCUAAACAGGUGGCUGGAAGAAGCCGUUCAAGAAAUAGAUCUAGGCGCCGCUGGAAUGGUCGUUCUCAAAGUCGCUCCAAGCCUAGACAACCACCCGCAGAUCACCCUUACUGUUUCUACCACUUUACUUAUGGAACCAAAGCUCAUAAGUGCAAACAGCCAUGCAGUUUCGCGUCGGAAAACUCUUGGGGCGGUCGGAAGUAG